AAGCAGGUCGUUUACUAAGUUGUGAACCGUGUUUAUCGUGAGUACAUUGAUAAGCAUAGUUGCUUGACUUGGUCAAAAAAAUAUAUAUAGUAAUAAGUCUAUAACAUGAUGUCUAAUAUUGGAGUUCUGUGUGUGACCGUGGAUGCGCACUGAUAAGAAAUCCCAUACUAAAAUGGAAUGGCCGUCCUGUGCUUACAGGUUUUCAAUGGCGGUCUAGUUUAGACCGACUUGUGAAUUCAACUGUGCAAAUACUGCAAUCUCCAUCCUGAUAAUGUUUAUAUUAUUUCAGUCACAAGGUCUAUAAUCUUUCAAACUAAAUCAUUAUAAACAUCAUUAUGGUGUUUCUCACCAUCAUAUCAUUUAACAUAUCAACUUACUGUGUUUACCUACAACAGUCCAAAUAUGAAGUCCUUUAAAUCAAAUCACUUCUAUACUACUUCUACUCUGAACUCAUCGUCUUUAGUUUCUUCGUUGACACUUGAAAAUCCUCAAAACUGUAAAGAAUUAGUUGUUUCAAACUUUCCCCUAUUGAUUUUGUAAAUUAUAAGUUCAUGAUGUAAUAUCUUUUAUCUUGUUUUAUGUAGUGUAAUGAAACCGGCUUCAGGUUUUACAUCUUUUCGUAGUCAAGUACGCAUAACACCUGGAGCUGUUGUCUGUUCUGAAUGUGAACUAUCUGGUGAGAUAAUCAUCGGUGCAAAUACUAUUAUUCAUCCAAAAGCUCGUAUAAUCGCUGAAGCUGGCCCAAUACAUAUUGGAUCAUUUAAUUUAAUUGAAGAACAGGUGGAAAUUGUGAAUAGAAUUCCUGGUACCAUAAUGAAAAUUGGUGAUUACAAUGUGUUCGAAGUAGGAGCACAUUGCUAUGCUUUAGAAGUUGGUGAUAAUAAUGUUUUUGAAGCGAAGUGUCAUAUUGGAUCAAAUGUUAAAAUAACUCAUGGUUGCGUAAUUGGUGCAAUGUGUUCAAUGGAUUCUGGUGAAACAUUACCAGAAUGUACUGUUGUAUACAGUGACGAAGGACAUCGUCGUAUUGCAACUGAACGUCCAGCUGCACAAACAUUACAAUUAGAUUUUCUAACAAAAAUUCUACCAAAUUAUCAUCAUUUAAUGAAAGUUAGUCGAACUUCCACACCAAAACCAACUGAAAAACAAUAAUCUAUCCUACAUUUGUUUGUUUUAUUCUUUCUUCUCUCUUGUAAUUGACUUAUUUAAAACGUUAUACAAAAUAGGUGGAAUGUUUAAUAAAUAUAAUCUCCUUUUAAAUUUAUUUUUUUAGUUUUGAAAUGGUAUCUGUUUCCUUCCUAAUAUAAACUGAAUUGUAUUAUUGGCUGUGUAAAUCAAUUAAUCUGUACAAAUAAGUAUUAUUAUUGUUUGGUUGUCAUCCUUUUUUUUUCUGGUAUAUUUUUGGUUACUU